CCCUUUAAGCGCGACUCCAUUUUUCAGCUAAAAUUUUUAUCAAAGUUCCUGAAAAACUUGAAGGCUCCGAAUCCACUCCGACUUUAUUAACGAGACGGAUUAACGGAGGGACUUCAGCAGUUAUCCGGCUGAUAUUAAACAACGAAACUACCUACCAUUAGUCUUUUAUUGUUAUCAUCGGCAUCUUUUCAUCAGCAUCUGAGUUUGGAUCAAACCGGAGCAGACAUGACGAACAGACGGUCGGCAGCAUGUCGGACUCCAGUGCAGCUCCGGCGCAGAGCAAAAGCAAAGCUAAACCCUGCAAAAGAGGCAGUUUACCGAGCCGGCCCAGCCCGGAUCUGUGUGGCUCUGCUGAUGUGAGGUCUUUGAUGUCCCAGCGCUCUCUGCCCGGCACACCAGUCACCCACAAGCACCUGCCCAUCGACCUGCGCACAUCAAUGGACGGCAAAUACAAGGAGAUCGCAGAGGAGCUGAUGGCGAUGAGUCUGACAGACAGCGACAUGCGUUGCGCUCCGUACGAGUUUCCUGAAGAGAGUCCCAUUGAACAGUUGGAGGAGAAACGCCACCGUCUGGAGCGACAGAUCAGUCAGGACGUCAAGCUUGAACCCGAGAUUCUGCUGCGAGCGAAACAAGACUUCAUGAAAAUAGACAGCACAGCAGACCUGGAGAGUCUGAAGGACAGUCAUGCGGACGUGGUGGACCACCAUCAUAUGGAGCGAGAGCCGCUGGUGGAGAAAAACUUCCAGCGCGUGACCAUCUCGGGAGACGAGAAGUGUGGGGUGCCGUUCACGGAUCUGGUGGACGCAGCGAAGUGUGUCGUGAAGGCCUUGUUCAUCAGAGAAAAGUACAUGGCUCUGUCUCUACAGUCCUUCUGUAAAACCACUGCAAAAUCCCAGCAGGAGCUCAGCCAGAGACCGCCCGACGUCAACGUGUACGAGGACCUUCACGACAGUCCCGUCGACUCAGACAUGUCUGUUCACCCCCCUGUGUCAGAAACACACCCAUACGAGGGGCAGGACAUGAAGAACCUGCCACCUGACUCCGGAUACAGCUGCAGGAUGGUGGAUGGAGUCAUUCAUGUCUACACUGCACAAAACCCCAUGGACAAGAGCACCGAGUUGGACCUGCCCUAUCCAGACCUGCAGGAAUACAUUGCAGACAUGAACGUGAUGAUGGCGCUCAUCAUUAACGGCCCCGUGAAGUCGUUCUGUUACCGGAGGCUGCAGUAUCUGAGCUCCAAGUUUCAGAUGCACGUCCUGCUGAACGAGAUGAAGGAGCUCGCUGCGCAGAAGAAGGUCCCACACAGAGACUUCUACAACAUACGCAAGGUGGACACACACAUCCACGCCUCGUCCUGCAUGAACCAGAAGCACCUGCUGCGCUUCAUCAAGAGCGCCAUGAAGAAGUAUCCAGACGAGAUAGUGCACAUGGAGGGCGGCCGCGGGCAGACGCUCACCAAGGUAUUCGAGGAGAUCAACCUGACGGCGUACGACCUGAGCGUGGACACGCUGGACAUGCACGCGGACAGGAACACCUUUCACCGCUUCGACAAAUUCAACUCCAAAUACAACCCCAUCGGAGAAUCCAUCCUCAGAGAGAUCUUCAUCAAGACCGACAACCACAUCCAGGGGAAGUACUUCGGACACAUCAUCAAGGAAGUGAUGUCUGACCUGGAGGAGAGUAAGUAUCAGAACGCUGAGCUGCGUCUGUCCAUCUACGGCCGAUCCAUGGAUGAGUGGGACAAUCUAGCGCUGUGGGCCGUCUCUCACUCAGUCUACUCCGACAACGUGCGCUGGCUCGUGCAGAUCCCACGACUCUUUGAUGUUUACCGCUCUAAGAAGCAGCUGAGUACCUUCCAGCAAAUGCUGGAGAACAUCUUCCUGCCACUGUUUGAGGUCACCAUCAAUCCCAGCAGCCACCCACAGCUACACCUGUUCCUGCAGCACGUGUUGGGAUUCGACAGUGUGGAUGAUGAGUCCAAACCGGAGCAUCACGUCUUCAACCUGGACAGUCCAUCUCCGGCGCGCUGGUGUGACGACAACAACCCGCCAUACUCGUACUACCUGUACUACAUGUACGCCAACAUGACCGUCCUCAACCACCUGCGCAGGAGGCGGGGCUUCCACACCUUCGUGCUGCGACCUCACUGUGGGGAGGCGGGGCCUAUUCAUCACCUGGUGUCUGGAUUCAUGCUGUCAGAAAACAUCUCACACGGACUGCUGCUCAGAAAGGCUCCUGUCCUGCAGUAUCUGUAUUAUCUGGCUCAGGUGGGAAUCGCCAUGUCUCCGCUCAGCAACAACAGUCUGUUUCUGAGUUACCAUCGCAACCCUCUGCCCGAGUAUCUGUCCCGCGGCUUGAUGGUGUCGCUGUCCACCGACGACCCACUGCAGUUUCACUUCACCAAGGAGCCUCUGAUGGAGGAGUACAGCAUCGCCGCUCAGGUCUGGAAACUCAGCUCAUGUGACAUGUGUGAACUCGCCAGAAACAGUGUGUUAAUGAGCGGCUUCUCACACAAGACUAAGAGUCAUUGGCUGGGUCCUGAUUACACUAAAGAGGGUCCCGUCAGUAACGACAUCCGGCGCACAAAUGUCCCGGACAUCCGCGUGGGGUAUAGAUACGAGACUCUGAGUGAGGAACUGCACCUGAUCACGCAGGCUGUCCGAACGCAGGAGCUGGACAGAAUUGAGGAGGAGGACAGCCUGUCAUUCACAUCCAGCCAAUCAGCACCCUAGAGACGAGCCAUGACUCUGCCCACACUUUGCCUGUCCAAUCAGCAUGCUCAAGACGAGCCAUGACCCCGUCUGUAUAAUCAACACGCUCAAGAUCAGAUCUGACCACGCCCACACCCUGCCUCUCCAAUCAGCGCACUCGAGAUCAGAUCUGACCACGCCCACACCUGUAUGUCCAAUCAGCACGCUCGAGAUCAGAUUUGACCACGCCCAUACCCUGCUUGUCCAAUCAGCACACUCGAGAUCAUAUCUAACCACGCCCACACAUCCCUGUCCAAUCAGGACGCUCGAGAUCAGAUCGGACCACACCCACAUCUGUUUGUCCAAUCAGUACACUCAAGAUCAGAUCUGAUCACGCCCACACCCUGCCUGUCCAAUCAGCACGCUCAAGAUCAGAUCUAACCACACCCACACACCCCUGUACAAUCAGCACGCUUGAGAUCAGAUUUGACCACGCCCAUACCCUGCUUGUCCAAUCAGCAUACUCACAAGAUCAGAUCUAACCACGCCCACACAUCCCUGUCCAAUCAGCAUGCUCGAGAUCAGAUCUGACCACACCCAGACCAUGCCUGUCCAAUCAGCAUGCUCGAGAUCAGAUCUGACCACACCCAGACCAUGCCUGUCCAAUCAGCACGCUCGAGAUCAGAUAUGAUUAUGCCCACACCCUUCCUGUCCAAUCAGCACGCUCAAGAUCAGAUCUAACCACGCCCACACCCCCCUGUCCAGUCAGCAUGCACAAGAUCAGAUCUGACCACUCCCACACCCUGCUUGUCCAAUCAGCACGCUCAAGAUCUGACCACGCCCACACCCCGGCCGGUCCAAUCAGCACACUCAAGAUCAGAUCUAACCACGCCCACAUUCUGCCUGUACAAUCAGCACACUCAAAAUCAGAUCUGACCCCACCCACACCCAGCCUGUCCAAUCAGCACCCUCGAGAUGGACCAAAGUCACAUUCCCUCCAUUCCUCUCCUUUCACUGCAUGUUUAGAGACUACGCAUCGCUAUUAUAUGACGUUAUACCUCUGUCUUGACGUCACGCUCCCGCACGUGCCUUUUAGUUUAGGGACUUUUAUUUUGUAGGCUUAAUUUGAGGCGUCUGUGAUUAUAAGUGUAACCCUACCUAUUAUAAUAUGCAAUAUUUAAUUACUUACUUGAAUCUAAUUAAAUCUAAAACUAAACUGAAAUAGUUAUUUUCUUUUUAAAUAAAAAAAUACAAUAUGAAUAUCAGUUAAUAUUAAAACCGGUUAUAACAAUAUUAUGAUAUUAUAUAAUAAUAUUAAUGUAAUAUAAUUUUAUUUAGAUUUAAAAUGUUAAUGUUAAAAAAAUAUAUUUUGUUUAUACAUUGUUAACUCAAUAUAAUUAUAUUAACACCAUUAUGCAUAUUAAUAUGAAAAACGAUAAAUAUAAUAUAACAUUAAUGUUAAAAACUAAAUAUACUUGUUAAUGCUAUUCCUAUACUAUUAUAAUUAGAAUUAUUACACACUAUUAUAUUAAUUGUAGCACCCAAUAUAUGCCUUUUGCUUUACUUUUUGAAGGUUUAAUUUGUGAUUAUAACUCACUGUGGACACAUCUUUCAGUCUCUUGUUCUAUUAUCCGUUAAAUUCUCUCGUUAUUUUGAAGGAUUAACGUUCUCUUAUUGAUGAACAGUUCAGAAGUGAAUGCCCUCCAGUCCUGAAGGAGGCGCUGUUGAGCCAAAACCUCUUUCCCUAUAACUCCUGAACUCACUGAACCUACUGUUUCCUUGAUGUUUACAAAGUAGUUUACAUAACAUUUUAUGCUAGACAUUGAUGAGAGUUUUGAGUUUGUCGCGUUUUCGGAUCCAGCAUGUGUUUGGUAGAUUGAGUUGAACGUUAAACUGACUGUUAAUCGCCAGAUAGUAUUAUGACACUGAACCUAUAAAUCACAACAAAAGUGACUCAAAAAAAGCAUGAUUUAUAGAAAUUAGCACAUUUAUCCAGAGCAAAGCAUGACGCACAGCACGCUAGAAAGCAAAUGAUCGUGAAUAAUUGUACGAAAUAUAUCUAUUUUUGGUGAGAAUAAGCAUUUUAUUGAUUUUAAUAAAGCAUGUGUGUUUAAUCUCA